UUGCAUUGUGCACGGUUCUGUUUAUUUUCAUCGGGAACGCUACUAAAAAGGAAUAAAUACUGGACAAAAUGGGUGCCCCGGGCAAGUUAAUUUGCAAACCGACUAAAGAAAAGUAGGCAUAGAUCAGAAUCGCGACCGUAGCAAGGCUGAAAUGCGGUGUUGUAAGAGGGUGAAGUGGUGAUUAGUUUUCCGUAGCAACGCAACAACCUCCUUCGAGAUCGCACCCUCUGCGGUCAAAUUAGAGCCAGCGGUAGUGCUAAGUGUUUCCUGGGUGCUGAGUAGAGAAUUUACAGUGAGACUCCAGCAGUCAAGUGAAUUUAUGGCGAGUGAGUCUGCGAAGAAGGUGGAAAAGUGCAUCAAUUGAAAAAUCUCAAGCCACAUGUAGCCGUAUGGGUGGCGAGUAGAAAUUUCAACACAUAAAAAGUGCUGUCAAAAGUUCGAAGAGAGUGAAUAGAGAGUGAAAACAAAUCGACUGAGCUUCGAAAUUCGAAAUCAUAUGUUGGCUCGCAUUGAUAUCAGCGAGCGGAAGUGAAUGCAUCUGCAUUUCGAAUUUGAGUCAAAAGCGCGGGAGAUAUAACCAGAAUUUCGUUAUUUGGAAGAGCAGGAAGUGCAGAAAACAUGGAAUGCGAUGUGUCCCUCAAAGAUCGCUCUUCAAGUUCUGAUCGUAUUACAAACAAUGAGAAACAUUCAUUAUCUCAAAAUCCACUAGGAAACCAAACUUCAAAGUCACAUUAUCACGUCGAUCAACACCCAAUAGCGUUUCCGCCUAGUAUUCAACAUGAAGAAAUAGAAGAUGACCCUUUGGCACUGGAUGAAUUAACAAUAAAUUCAUCCAGAUUACUGGAGAGCCCUCCAAAAUUAGUAAAACAUACACAUUGCCUUCGUCGCCAAGCACCGCGUCUUUUAGGAAAAUCAAAUAGUGACAAAGGCUCGCCAUCGCCAGAAAAACAUGUGAAAGCAACCAGUUCUUCAGCGGCUCAAGCGUCUACUAUGCGUGAAGUCCUUGCAUCUAUUCCCGGGUUCAGUUCGAAACCUCGUCGCCGGUCGAAUAAGAAAAUGUCCACCGCCGCUCAAAUUGAACAGACAAAAGACGGAAAAAUUGAUUUGCAAACUCCUGACUCUAUUUUAGUUGGAACUAAUCUGAGAGCAUUAUUAAAUAAGCACACAUUCUCCAUGCUUCUGCCUUUGUUUCAACAAAAUUUAGUGCAAUUAUUGCCUAGUGUGGACAGACCACCGCCUACCACGGAUCCGACGUGUAUAAGGUUAAGCCCAUCUAGUUUGAACAAUGAAUUUUUUGCACGAGCUUGCUUGGAAUGGCGGGAACGACUGGCUGAAGGUGAAUUUACACCUGAGAAUCAAGUUCGUCUGAAAACUGAAGCGGAGAAGGAAAAAAGCAAACUCGAUCCAUGGAAACUAAAGCACUUUGAACCAAUUUGGGGUAGCAAACAGGAUAAGCCUUCUAUUAAAACUGCAAUGAAACUCAACUCGUCAGAAAAUCUUCCCGAUAAAAAUGCGUCAACCUCAUUAGCAGCUAGCUUGACUGGUCCAUCUACAUCUACGAGUAGCCUUUCAAGCAGCCCCGCGAAAUCAGUAUGCGGAGACACGAGUGUAUCUUCACAGCCCAGUACGUCUAAUUCUCCUAAACGUAUCCGAACUGUAGGGGCUGUUACGCGUGCCCAGCAAAGUUUAGUUUCUUCAACGGAACAGAGCGAAGUUUUGGAAAUUCCGACUAUGAAAAAGGAAAAAUCAGAUAAGAUUGAAAUCAAAAAAUGUAGUUUCGGGGAGGAUGCAACGAAGAACGAGCAUGAAAUGGAGUCAGAGACCACCCUGGAGGAACCUCAGCCUGUAAGCCGUGAAGAAGCGAAAGAGAUAUUAGACAAAGAAGCGAACAUGGUCAAAGUACAGAAUUCGGCUUUGGACGAAGUUCAUAAUGUUGCUUCAGAAGAACCGUCUAGCAAUGCGGAUCAAAUCGGUGAUGUCAAACCGUGCGCAACUGACGCAAUUAAGAAAGAACAGGAUUCGGUAUCCGCAACUCAUGAAACAAACCAAAUGAAUUUCAACGAAGAGAAGUCCAGAAAUUUAGCUCCUACGGAUGCUGAUCAACUCUGUGAUGAGAUUGACAGCAAAGUAGAUUCGCAGAGUAUGGAGGAGAGUGAAGUCAUGACAUCCGUGUCAAACAGCUUUUGUCAACCAGGAUCAGAAAUUCAGACAUAUUCUUCUGAGAUGCAAGCGGAAACGACCAACGAUCAAUUGUUUGCGGAUAUGUAUAAAUUACAUAACUUCAACGGCCUUCUGCAAAGUGCAUUUAAUAUUCACGAUGCAUCGUUGCUUGGAGAACCACCAAACUCAAGUCAACACCAAAUUCACCCAAUUCCAGUGUCUUCGCAAAACAUUGUAGAUAAUUUCAUAGUAUCCAGUUUGAGAGCAAAUAAUGUUGGCAUUGGUUCGAUGUUGACGAGUUCCGAAGAAACGACAAGCAGUACAUCUGGACUGGUGGAUUGUAGUGGGGACAACACUGCUAUUGAUGAAAUAGAGCCAAGCAUACAAAAUCUUCCUGUUGAAGAUGACCCAAUUGAACAGAAGUUCGCUGAUGCAGAAAACUAUCUUUUGGAAACGGAGACGAAUGGAGAAUUCACCGGCCUUCAUAAGCGAGCCUCAAAGCGUUCUACUAGUUCCGAAUAUAACGACAGGAAGCAGUUGAAAUAUAACGAAUGUGUAGAAGCUCAACAGCCUCAAGUGAAUGAUAAUUCGACAACAACUAGUGACGAUUAUAAGGACGAAAAACUUCUCAUAGACAUGCGGUAUUCUGAUACAGAUAACGCUGAUACAAUGGACGAGAAAACUAGUAACAGCGAUUUAGGGGUAAAACUGGAACUUGGAGAGCAAAUGCUUUACAACAGCGCAAAUGAUAUUGAUAAAAUCGAUGCGCAUGAUCUACUGCCCAGUGAUUAUACCCACAACAAUGGUAGCAAUGCAAAUCAAGUUGGUGCAGCACCAUUCUCCGAGGUGGCUGUUGAGCCUACAGCAACUGAAAACCUAUUUGCCGACAUGUAUAAACUCCCGAAUUUCAACGGCCUUUUACAAAAUGCAUUCAAUAUUCAUGCAAAUUUCCCUCAUAACAAUCCACAAUGUAUGGAUUUUCAACCUGCAGCAGGACCAUCUCAUCAAAUCCCUACAUCAUCUUCUUCUGAGAAUAUUGAGAACUUUACUGUAUCCGAUUUGACCAAUAGUAGCGGAACUGGAGGAAUGGGAAAUAACAUGUUAACAUGCUCUGAGGAAACGAAUAGUAGUACAUCAGGGUUGGUGGAUUGUAGUGGAGAUAAUAGUGCCGACGAUAAUGCAAUAGAUGAUGGACAGAAUAUGCAAAACAUUGAAGAUCCGAUCGAUUUGAAGUUUGAAGACGCUGAACAGUAUGUGAUGGAAUCGGGCGGUGAAAUCAGCACAGAUAGCGGAGAAGCAACGUCACAACCUGUCAAAAGCGAAGAAGGCAUUUAUACGGAGUCAUCAGAACAAGCUGCGAUGAUUACAUCAGCAUCAACGACAGCCACAGCGGCACUGGGUAACAACAGCAACAUGGAUAUGGCGAUCCCUCCUGGUUAUGAAAAUUUACAGCACGUGGACACAAGUCAACAUCAACAGUUAACCGGCUCGGGCAGCAUCUCAUCGUAUGCUUCAUCAGCAGUGUCAGUUUCAAUAUCGACAAGCAAUUCCUCGUCAUCAGCAACUUCGGUUCCGUUGGCAUCGGGAUCUUCAGAUAUUCAGAUGUCCAAGAAAGAUAUAUUUCAACAUUCUCAGCACGAUUGGAAUUUCGGAGUGAAAAUGGAACUUUCAAAUCAACAAAGUGAAGAAGUAAGUGGAGAAAUGAAUGCAGGCGACGAACAGCAGCUACAAAUGGACAGUUUUAAUAACGGUGGAGGCGUAAAUAUGUUGGAUAACAACGAUGUGAUGCGAAAUGCGGACGGGAUCUAUCAUAAUACCAUUUAUGAAACAUCGACUCAAGAAAUAAAAAGUGAAGGUGAGAUGCCAUCAGCAGCUAGUGAAAUGGAGGUUACCAGUACCGUAACAAGUAAUUCGAAUGAUAGCAGCAGUGAUCAUAGCUCAAGCAACGAAGUUGUGAACAGUUCGAAAACUACAACUCAGCACAACAGUUUCAUGGUGCAACGACCGCCAUUACCAAAUGCAGGUCCGUCGCAUCGAAUCCAUGCCUUACAGGAUCCGAGAAGUGCAAUGGCUAACAAUAAAGUUGGCAGUCAUCAUCACCACUUCAUUAACCAACAACAUCCACAGUUCCUACAAAAUCCAGAUCACCCACAACAGUUUAGCUUUCAAUUACAACAACAACAAUCGCAACUUCAGCAGCAAUAUUUGGAUAAUCAACAAUUGCGUAAUCAAUUUCAACAACCCCAGCACAAUAAUGUACAAGUAACUUCAGGGCCUCCCCAUCAAAGGGAACCACCACAUCAGUCAAUACCACACGGAAAAAGUGUUCAUAAACCGGGAACGAAUAACGUUCAGCAGCCGCAGCAACAACUCCAAGGGAAUCCUGCAGCGUAUAUGUCUCUGUCAUCUACGCAUCCACUUAAAGUUAUUCCAAAUGUAGCAAACAAAUCAAUUAUUCCUACCACGAUAGCACAACAAAGGCCUAAGCUUCAACCAAGUGGUAAAGGGCGUAGAUCGUCGAACAAAUUGCCGCCUGGUGCUGUAAAUUUAGAGCGAAGCUAUCAGAUUUGUCAGGCAGUGAUUGAAAGCAGUCCCAAUCGACAUCAACUCACGGCACAAUUGCGACCACCACCUUCAAUGCUAGCGACUGCCACCAGCAAUUCGUCUUCGACGACCACCACUACAAACGUUCAAGGCGUCACGAAAAAGGAGGCACCCCCUGUACCGCCACCAAAUCGAACCGCCUAUAAGAUGGUUGGACCUCGGUUAGGUUAUCCAAAAAGAAAAUUCGUUCAAAGACAACCUUCACCGACGUCAAUCAUUCGCCAAGUGUACACAUCGAGUCCUACUGCCCCGGGUGCACCAGGUGUAGGAAAUAGUUCGGGUGUUCAAAUGACAAUGCAACAGCAUGCCGGACAAUUGCAGGCGAUUCCCGGUCAAUCACAAACCCAUCAUCAGCCUUACCCACCCCAACAACAGCAGCAGCUUAUUCAGGGACAGUAUGUUCUAAUUCAUCGAGCAAAUGUCGGAGCGGCUGAUAAUCAGGCCCCGAGAGCUUCAAGCGCUCCUCCUGCCCAAAAUCAGCAAAUCCAUGGUGUGAAUGGCGUACCUAUAAGUGGUCGAGGUCGACCUGCUUCAGUGGAUGUUGAUUCUCACAAUUCGUUGCAAGAAGCACAAACGAUUGGCGGUGCAGGUAUGGUUAGGAGGACAGUGAGUAAUCAAGGGCAAUCAUACGGCGACACAAGUAUAGAACCCAACAACCAAAAUUAUAUAGUUAGUGCCAGUGAAAAUACAUCAUCUAGUUGUGCUUGUUCACUUAAUCCAAUGGUUAUUUGUGUACAAUGCGGUGCUUUUUGUCAUGAUGAUUGUAUAAGUCCGUCUAAACUAUGCAUAUCAUGCGUUAUAAGAUAAGUUAUAUUCGAUUUAAGCGUUCAGGAAAAUAUGAUUGAUUCGGUUAUUAGUUUAUUCAUACCGAAAUUCGUAUUUAUAGUUUUUAUCAGUUUUGACUUCUAUUAGUAUUAAGUAAAUUAUUUUUUUUAUAUGAAUGAUUUAUGCAAAAGGAUCGUGGUUAUAUUUUGGGGUUAAUAAUGGACUUCCAUAAGAAAAAGUUUGUCGUCAUGCUGCGUUGAAAGAGUAUGAAUAGGAAAACAUCUAGAAAUAUCAAACAUUAGCUCUUGAAGUUGAAUUUGUUGAGUCAGAAACUAAUAAUUUUUAAUGAGGAUUCAAGCACUUAGGAACGAGCAGCUUCUACGAACAGCACAGCGCAGCGCAUUGACAGGGCUGGCUAUCUAUUGUGCGAAGAAAUAUGUACAAGUCAGUCGUCAGAUGUAUCGGCUCUUUUUAUAUACUUAUAUGGUUUGCAGCAAAAAUGAUGUGGUGUUGAGUUGUUCUUUUCAGAGAACCAUGCUCAGGUUCAUAACAGGCCUCAUUGUUCUAAACGCAGGAAAGACAGUUACGAAGUA